UAUAUAAUUAGAAAAAUACUAAAAGUCGGUGGCCAAGCCGUAGAGAUAUGGAGAAGUUUCCGUGAAAUUUAAUUUAUCUACUUGAUCUCGCUUAUAAUAAAAUAAUAGAAUUUGUUAAUUUAUUUAGACUGAAAGCGAAGGUGGUGGUUGAGUAAGUGCGAGGGUGAAGAUGCCAGCAAGAAAAUAUUACUGCGACUACUGUGACAAGCAAUUCCAAGACACACCAGCUGAUCGGAAACGACACGUUAAUGGUAUUCAACACCUCCAAGCCAAAGCUCGCUGGUACGAUUCCUUCAAUCAACACCACCAACAAAUCCCUAAUCCUCCCCUUUGCUUUCACUUCCUAAACACGGGUUUUUGCCGUUACGGCCACUCUUGCAAGUACCUUCAUCCCACUCCCAACAAUACUACACAGCACGCUCCAAUUCCCUUACCAGGGAAUGUGGUAGGAGUGUCAUUGGGAAAUUUGCCCCCGUCGUUGCAGCCUCCGCCGGAGGCUGGAUAUCCCCAUCUCCCCUUUGUGGAUUGGGGAUAGAUUUGCAGCUAUUGAGUCCCUGUGUGUAGGGAAGAACUCUGUUCAUUUUUCUUUGUUAUUAUUAUUAUAUUAUUAUUUAACUUUUUAUCUCCCAUCACAUAACCCCACAACUUAUUUGGAGUUUUCAUGUAUCAAACGCUAUCCAAAUCUAUCUUAAUGUUCAAUCAAUACUAAUAUAAUAUAAUUUGAUAGUGGACCGCUGAUUUUGCUUUGGCACAUUACCAAGUUAAAGGCAUGCCAGCUUCUUCAUUUGUAAGCAUUCUCCACCUCAUUAUUAUCUAAAUAUUAUAGCUUGAGGACAAAAUACUUCUGAUUGAUGUCUAAUUAAUCUUUCAAAUUACAUUUUAAUAAUAAAACAAUCCUACGAAACUUAAUAGGAAGAUGCAGUCGUAAAAUUUGUUAGGAUUAGAUCAUCUUUAUGCUUCGUUCAGGAACUAAAUUAAUAGCAACUCAUUUAAAGAACAAAUUAGUUAUUCACAUCAGACGGCUGCCUGCCUGGAAAACUUUUGGUGGCAGUCAUGUCAAAUUCAUAAAUUAUAAACAGUAGUUUUGAUUAAUAGAGUGGGCACCAAAUGUUGUCAGCUCACAAGGACACAUCUAUUGAAAAAUUGGGUAUUAAUAGCUCCACAGAACGAGUUCUUUAAUACCCAAAACAAGGUUUUGAAAAGGUAGGUUAGUGGUUGUCAAGAUUUUUAGGAUUUUCAUCAUAGUUGCAGAAUCACAAUUGUAAUUGCUUUGCUAAUUUUUGUUAGCAAUUUUUUUGUACUAUUAAAAUUGAUUGGCGACAAAGUUGACCCAUUCCCAAUUCAAGAAGACCUUGACAUGAAACUAUUGGUUGGUGACGGAGUUUACCUAUCCCCAAGUUAAAACCUUGACACGGAACAAUUAGUUGGCGGCGGAGUUGAGCCAUCCCCAAGCCAAUAUUGGUGGUGUAUAAUGUUUAAUAACCCCAUCAUUCAGCUUUGCUGUAUAUGACCGAUUCCUAAAACAAUAGUCAGAAAACAUUUGGUUUUGGACUGAAACGCUCAACAUCUUCAGAAGAAUUUAUGAAUUUAGAAUGAUGCGAAACAAUUAUGUGAAUGAAGCAUUAUAUGAUCAUGUAACUUUUAAGCUUUUUCGAUAACAGCAAAUCAUGAAACUGUUUGUGUAGCCACCAACUAGGAAGAAUAAUUUGCUUUUUCGCUGCCUGUCCAAAUUGAGGUGAAAGUGAAUGAUGCCAAGUUAUUUCACGAAAGUUAUUACUUAUUACGAUUAAUUUAGUGAUGAUAAAUUUGAAUAAUUUGCAUAAGCUAGUAUCUGCAUCCAGAGAAGGGUCCUCAACUAUGAUUUUAGCCUUCUGCUUUCCAUUUUUAGGUUUCCUUUUCAUCAUUAAAAAUGGAAAAAUGCGUCUUAGAAUGAAAUGAUGUAUAAUAAAAUAGCAUUAUAGUAUUAUGUACUGGAACCCUAUUUAGGCAAACGAAUUAUGGUUUGGGGGAAAAAGAAAUAACAUUAAAGCACACACCAUGCGACCAGAGUACCCUCAACUCCUUUCGAUCAUUAUAUAGACUCUAUUCAACAUUUGUGAUAGAAGAAUGGAUCAAACUAGAAACGGAUAGAAUGAAAAGAACACACAAAAAAAAAUAUACAAAUUAGCCUACCCUUCACUUAAAUAAGUGAGAUACACAAACUUUAAAUAUUUGAGCAUAUUCUCCAUAUAAAAAGCAGUA